CCGCACCCGGGCUUGUUUCUAUCCCUUGCACACAAGAGCACACAUCCAUGGCCCUACGAAGGCGCGCAAUGAACAAUGCUUCGGUCGGAACUCCCGGCCCAGUCACCCCUCAAGCUGCCGACGGCUCUGCAUCUCCCGCAGGAUCUCCUUUACCUGCGCUUUCCUUGCCACAUACCUCGCGCCCUCGCGCAUCUAUAUUCGUGGAUCGUUCCCCAGCCGCGACCUCUUCGAUAUCCGCUAAUGUGGCCUUUGACUGGGAAGCGGCUAGGGCGCGUAAACCUGCACCGUAUGGAACCCCACAGUCAAGGGCGCGUCAAAGUAUGGGCGGCAGCGGGAUACAGGGCACACCUACACGCAGAGCAGUUGUUCGCAAAAAGUCAUUCUAUCAAAGAGUGACUGGCAUUCCGUCGCAGAUUGCCUUUCACAUAGCGAUGUUUCCUUCCAAUGUUCCUUUGCCGAAGAAUCAGACCUCUGCGUUCAUUCUGGGAGGUGCUUUGCACUUCAUCCAUUUCUGUGUGCGCAUCAGUCAAGUGCGAAGCGUUCCUGACUCAGAGUAUGGUUGGGAGGACAUGCACCUGGAAGGGGAGGGUCAAUCCUGGUUCGACUGGACUGUUCCGAUGACGAUUCUUUUGCUCGCGAUCUCGUCGGUGAACACUCUGUACCUCUUCUCAAGGAUUAAAAUGUAUUGGCUUUACCAUCGCCCGGAUCCCGUGUCGUCUCCCAGUGCCAAAUUUAUCGUGACGAAGCUCGAUGAUAGCCCUGUGGUACUGGCCCCGCUCUCUACACGCGUUCUUCGAGGGCUUUGGUUCGCAUUCUCCGUUUCCUGGCGAUUCUUGUUGGGCAUGAAGCCACCGAUGCGGUCAGUGCCAACGAGUGCUGGGAAACCGGGGACGACACGGGUGCAACAGUUAGAAAUGUGGAACCCGGGUGAGCUAGAGUUGAUGCUGUUCACGAUCUAUUCUCCCGCGCAUUCCUUCUUGUGGAUGGCGACGAGCACAUCAAAUUGGAUGAUCAUGUUCUUUGUGAUGGCCACGGUUUGUGGGCAGGCCCAUCUCACGGUCCGUGUUUUCCAGCGUUUGAUCAAGGAUAAGGAGAUCAUCGCCGCCGAAGUCUUGCACGAAUACAAUUCUGGAUUCGUCUACCCUCGAAUUAACCCCGUCCGCAAGGAUGUCGCGGUCAUGACCCAUCAGUCCGAAGUCGUCAACGUUUGGGAGGAUUAGUAUUCUGCGCUGUCCGUAUGGCUCCCUUAGGGUCAUUUCAGGGUCGCGCAUGGCCCUCAAUGAAAUCUAUGAGAUUAAAACAUUGAAAUGAGCGAAAUCUCAGGCUGCGAACCCCCAUCUAUAUCAUGUCCCGACUUCAGACGGACCACCUGUCCUCGACGAAAUGUGAAGUAUCUGAACUCCUCUUUCAGGGCACCGUCCUCGUCAUGGCCAUCCGCGAACAUCGUCCGCCUGACAGUCGAACAGAAGAACGGCUCCUCGAGAUUACGACGAGAUUGGACGCUCUUUCGCACACCGUCGUUCACUUUGAUCUGCGGGAUUACUUGGCAGAGUUCAAAGAGUGGAUAUCGGUCUGUCAAAAGCAAUUCAACUUGGGCGAAGAGGUACGGCAGGAGACAAGAUCAGAGCCCUUGGAAGAGGGUCAAAUUCAUCCGGAUGUGGAUCGGAUAUUCGUGCAAGUACGGGCACUCGAGAAGAAGUUACAAGAGCUAGAGGCGGAAACGUUUCCGCUGCAGCACCAAGUGAGUUUGCACAAUAAUCGGGCAGCUCGCUCAAGCUACCCAGUUGGAGACAAGAGCGGCAAGCAUGCGACACGAGCAUGCUCUACAUACCCAAGACUUUUUGAGGUCCAUGGGCCAUUUUGCCUUUUAUGAACUAUCGGAUGAGGCUCAGAGAGUCGCAGUCGAGCAGCAUGCCCUCUACAUAGCAAGGCAUGUAGUGGAGAAGUUGGGAGAUCGGGUUGGAGAAGCGGAUAUAGAGUGUUUCUGGCAUAAUUCCAUAUGAAUACACGCGGGGAACAGACGCCGACGCGAUUGAUAUAUGUCUGAGUAUGCCAGUAGUUGGAAAGGAGUAGAUUGGUCUGUGCGGUGGACGGGGAUCACAGUGCGAGAUUGUUCGGAUGUCAUCGUGACGGUGAUCUCCGGAUACGAAGCAUGUCCUGGUUCCCACUGAUUCUGUACCGCAUUGAGGUUCCCUGCAAGUGAAUCAGGGUCAAUUCUUGCCCACGCUCAUUCCACAUUGCGCACAACAGUUUUCUUCCAUGGGUAAAUAUGAUUACACACCCAGAUAUGAUACGCGUUGCUUUUUUUACGACGAGGUCACAGGCGCUCUUCUUAAACCAGAACACCAGGGCCAACCGUGCAAAUUUCUGCAUCCCAACGAUCGCGGCUGGGACGCAGGGAGAUCUAGUGGCAAGAAAUACAACGCGACACACAAGAGAGCGUUUACGCCUCCCCACCCGCGUUCUCCUUCCCCAAGGCCCAAUCGCCGUCGUUCUACCUCUAUAACGCGUCAGCCGACCUCAGAGAUAGAACGCUAUCCACGCGAAGACGUUCGCCGACCAAGAACAUCAUCAAUCUCCUCCAGUACAGGCCUACCCUCUGCAGAGAAACGCACCAUGUCGUCAAACAUGGGACCUCCCCCUCUUCCUGUUGCUCCCCCACCUAUGACUUCUCCUGCCGGAAUAUCGCUCCCACCGCCUCCAGUUAUGCCCGCCUUCACCAAUGUAAUACUCACCCCGCCUUCGACAGUGGAAGUGAAAGUCAAGUGGGAUGAAAUCCUUCCGCUCCUUGCUGAUGCUGUCUCCUUGCGCUCUGCUCAACAAGAAGCGAUCGCCGAGUUCGAAGAGUUCGAUCGCAUGUACAAAGCUUUCAAGACGAAGGCCAACACGUCUAUCGUGGAAACUACGAAGUGGGAUCUCCGGCGAGCUGCUUUGCAAGCGACUAAGGAAGCGAGAAGCCAGGAAGUCAUCGCGGGCAUCAGCAAGCUCAAGAACACAAACUGGUGGCCGGUAGGUCCAAACGAGAAGGACGGCACGGUAGAGAAAUAUGACCAAAUCGUCGUAUACGCCAAAUCGUUGUGCGAGAUGGCCUCGAGAAUGUAUGGCUUGUACGAGAAACGUUCCUCCCCUCCAGAGGACGAACAGGCUCGGGGUCUCGAUGGUUCGCGGCCCUUGAAACGUCGGCGAAUAUCGGAUGCCGCUGAUGUACCAGCGACUGUGGAGCAAGCUGAUAUGGCGGAUCUCGAGCAGUUACGAGAGAAGCUCGCUCAACUCGAAUCGCAGGCAACUAACAUCGACAAUGCAAUCGUCGCAAGUGGAGAGUCCAUGGCAGAAACCGCAGUGAACUACAUCGAGGAGAUCUCGUUAGAAGCUUGGUCUGCAGAAGUGAACAGGGUACCCAUGGAAGCCUUGAAGGUGACGAACACGGACGUCAAUGCUGUGACGGCUGAACUUGUCGACCUGUUGGCCCAAGCAGAAGCGAUGCAAGGCCGCAUUGACGCGCUAGAGGCCGAGCGACAGCAGGACCUCGCCUAUGUCGAUGAACUCAAGGCCCGAUUGGACGCCUAUGAAGAGAUUAGCAAAAGGGACGGAGAGGCUAUGAGCGCUCUCGCGAUGGCCUUUGAAGCAUUCAAGGCUCGGCCCCCGCCGACACCGUCUUUGCCGCUUGGAUUUAUUCUCGAAGCCGUCGAUCAGCCGAUUCGUAACGCUGUGACGAACACGGUGCGCCCGAUGGUUGAGGAUAUGGCCCAGAAAGUGGGUGAUGAUGUCGAGAAGCGGGAGAAGGAAACCGUCGGCCAGAUUUGGGGCAAGAUGGCACUUAUUCUCAAGUUCGUGGAAACAGUGAGCAAGGUCACAUCCGAGGCUGUGGAGAAUGGUGAGACGACCCAAGACAAGGGCAAGGCACGAGAUUUGGGUGUGCAGUGACUGUACAUAGAUCUCUCAUCAAAAAGUCUCCAUCUGUCAGAUGUCAUCAUCAUUUCACCCAGAUUGGUUCUUCGUCCGGUCCCGCAUGCCCGUCUCGAACUGAAGAAACGUUUCUUCCUCUAAUUCUCUGGUUUCUCGAUCUAUUUUAGAGAUUAUUUGGGAUAAUGCAUCUGUAUCGCCUGGGAGCGCUGCUGUCGGCGGGUGGAUUCGCAUGGGCACAAUCACUUUCGCCCUCCGACAUUACUACUGUGACGAACAACCUCGCGACGGGAGCCACACAUAGUUGGGAGCUCGGUACUCGGGCCCAGGCUAUACUCGAUUUAGACGCGCCAGACUUUUCUGUGUUCGCCUCCCAAGUGCCGCCGCCGCAGACUGUACCGUCGAACACCACCUCCGCGAUCUCCCCCGUCUUUUCCAUCGCACACAGUGUCGUCUCGGCACUGAAAAACACGUCAGGAGCUGCUCCACUCAUGGCAGAUGGCGCGGCUGGAGACCCUGCAUCAAUUGGUGUUGCUGUGCUCUUGGCCAACUGGACAAAUCAAGGUGGAGGCCUGAACUACGCAGCAGCAGCGACCAAUCAACUCGACUUCCUGCUCUCGCAUGUUCCGCGCACGGGGGAUGGCGCCAUUUCGCACCGCGUCGCCCAGGUGCAGUUGUGGAGUGACUUCGUGUUUAUGGUUCCUCCGUUCUUGGCAUUAUAUGGCGUGACGACCGGAAAUUCGACGCUUAUCAGUCAAGCCUAUACCCAGAUUCAGCUGUAUCGCAAAUACCUCCGGGACACCUCCGCCAAUAAUUUGUGGAAGCACAUCGUGCUGGGAACAGACCCUUCGGAUGUCCCCAACGACGACGGUCAUUGGUCUACCGGCAACGGGUGGGCAGCGGCUGGAAUGCUUCGAGUUCUCGCCACGAUGAAGAACUCUCAGUUCAGUGGGUCGUUCAAGAACGAGCAAAAGGACCUGGCCAGUUGGGUGAAAGAGAUCCAUUCAGCAAUGUAUGCCAACGUUGACUCCACCAACAUCUUCACAAACUAUGUGGACCGUCCCGUCAGCGCAUCGGGCUCAUUUUAUGACACGGCAUCGACAGCUCUGCUGGCGAGCACUGUCUACCGGUUCGCUCUGCUUUGGGGUGAUCACACACAUAUCCCAAAUGCAGAAAAGGGUCGCCAGGCCUUGUUUGCCUCUGGCUCUCCCGGAUCGGCAUUCGUCAUACCCACGACGUCUACGAGCUCAUCGCCAUCUGCUUCAUCGAUACCAUCUGCCUUAUCUCUCUCUGCUUCAUCUGUCCUUUCUGCGUCAUCUCUAUCUGCGUCAUCCAUUUCUCUGCCGCUAUCAUCUCAGCAGGCACGUUCAGCCACGAUAGCUAGACGAGCGUCUUCGGCAUCAUCUCAGUCCUCAAACUCCUCGACAAGAAGCGGGAGUGCGAGUGGAAGCGCGAGCGCUACAGCCCCCGCGACGAGCCCCAGCGCGACCACGGCCCCAAUUGCAUCCCUGGUACACUUCACCGACGAUGGGUGGCUGACGCCCGUUGUCAAUCCCAACGCGUUUGGCAUUGAAGGAUCGCACAGUCCAGAGGGCCAGGCCUUUGUGUUGGAGCUGCAGGCUUCCUACAACGAGUGGGUUGCUACUGGUUCUCCAGGCAUCAAUGUUGCAACCCGCAGCUCUGCACCUGUUGGGUGGUUGGUUGCGUGCGCCAUGUUGGGUAGUUUGCUGGCCUACUCUUGA